UACGAGGUCAAGGUGACGACGCCGCCGGAGCGCUCGCUGGGGACGCACCGGUUCCCCGCGAACACGCACUGCGGGGACACGAUCGAGCUCAGGAACCGGUACUUCGUCGUCGACAAGGUGGCGUAUCACUACAAGCUCGAGCGCGGGAAGUACCGGAAGGACGACAGCCGCCUGUACGUGCAGGAGGCGACGCGAUUCCUCCUGAACAAGCACCUGGACUCGCUCUUGGAGAAGAGC